GCGCUCCCUUUGAGUAUUGGUACACCACGUCUGUCCCAUAGAUAGGGUAGCUUGUCUCUCCGCGGCCGCCGCUUCUCACCGCUUCCUCUCUUUCUCUCUCUCCUGUCACAAUCUCUGGUUACACAGCUAUAUCUGUCUGUUUACUGGAGACGGGGACUCUAGCAGCAGCAGAUCAACAGAUUGCCGCGAGAGAGCAGACGAAGGCGCAAUACGUGCAAUGAGUGGUCGUCGAGGAGACGUCAGUGUCGGCUUUUCUCAUCUCCCGCGGCGGAGGGACACGAAGGAGAGCAGUCCGGCUGUUAGCACACACUCUUUCCAGUCUGCCUUUCAAAGCAAGCCAGAAGAUUCACCUCAUCUUUUGCUCGUACGCGUGACGUCACAAAGUUCACGUGAAAAUUAAUUGAAUUUUAGUGCUAUUCGACCUUGCGCGCGCCUCGGAGGCCGGAGCCGGCUCGCUGAGGGUUUGGGCUUUUGCUGCUGUGUGUCUGCGAUCGAGCGUCUCUUUCAAGGCUCCCAGUAUCGGUAAUGGCAAGUAUCAGCGCUCUGAGGAGAUGGUUAAGCGGAGAUCGCUAUCCGCAGGACGCCAGGAGACCGCCUGCAAAGGUGGACGAUACGUACCAGACGGUGCAGGACGACCAGCCCCACAACCCGUACACUGAGGCCUUGCUGCUCCACGGUCACUCAGGUCCUGUCCUCAAGAUCUGCAACAUCCCGGGCAACAGGUUUGUGACCCUGUCAGAUGAUACUCUUAUCAUCGUGUGGGAUGCUGAGGUGAGAGGGAAGAGGUUAGAGGAGAGGCGGGGAAUGUGAGAAGGGGAGGGUGUGAAGAGUGGCAGUAGACUGCAGGUCCUGAGAGGCCACACUGCAGCCGUGACGUGUGUCCUCUCCCUGCCUCGCUCCUCGUCUGAAGAGGACAUCAUCAUGACCGGCUCUCUCGACAAAUCGCUCCGGUUAUGGAACCUGAACAGUGAGGAGAUGGUGAUAGAGGAAGGACCGUGUGUUAGAGCAGUCACGGACCACUCAGGAGCCAUCCUGUGCCUGACUCAGCUGGGACACGACCUGGUGUGUUCCGGAGGUCACGACCUUUGCCUGUGGGACACCAAUGGAGCCCUGUUGGACAAGUUUGACAGGUGCACGCUCCCAGACACAAGUGAUGUCCACACUGUCCUGAGACUGGAGACAGCUCACCUCAGUGUGGUGGCCGCCUCUAACUACAAGUGUCUCUCCGUAUUUGACAUUGAGAAGCCGAUGUUGACGGACAAGGGCUGCUACAAGUUCAUGCGUGAUCAGAAGAGACGCUACCUCAACCAGUCCCACGUCUACCCCAUCACCUUCCUGUCGGGGAUCUCUGCAUCAUUCUUUGCCUCUGGGUGUCAGGGUGGCUCCAUCAUCGUCUGGUCCGUACAACACCUGAGUGCACUCAAAAUAUUCUACUGCCUGCCGCAGCCCCAGAGAGAACUGACAACUACUGAGUUCACUAAAGUAUCUUGCAUUGAAGUUGUGGCAGAGGGAUAUGUGUUUGCAGCUGUUGGCUGUGGAUUCAAGAUGUAUGACGUUCUUGGACAAGAGAAGGAUGCGGCAGGUCACCCGAAGCCUCUGGUGUCUCACACUUGUGCCCACCUCUUGCCACUCACCUCUCUUACCUUCCUUCAGGACAGAGCUCAGCUGGUGACAGUGGCUGAGGACAAGACAAUGAGACUGUGGGGGAGCCCUGCCGCACGACAGAGGAGAGAGGGAGAGGGGAAUGGGCAUGCAACGCAGGGGAAGUCGGCCAUUGAGAUGUUUAUUGGACCAACCAGGUUGGUGCCUUGGUCUGUGUGUGUGUGUGGCUCUCUCUACCUGGUGUGUGUGUGUGUGUGUGUGUGUGUGCAGUCGGAAGUCAUCACUACCGACUGUUCCACUCCUGCUGGGAGAACUUCAUCUCCACGCUGGUGUCAUCAAGGUAUUGAGUGCACUGGAAGAGCAGGGUGUUGUAACUGGAGGAGAUGAUGGGUCCCUGGUCUUAUGGAAGGAUGGAGAGAGAGAGAGGGAGAGAAGAGAUAGAGAGAUGUAUUCUUUCAUACUGGGACAGCCACACGCUCCCGAGUGAAACUUACUCUCCAAGUCAUUAUACUAUUGUGUGUUAAAAUUGUUCACUUUUUAAAUUUGUGUUAAAGUUAUUAUCCCUCUCUAUGGAUUGCUGUGGAGAGUUUUUUCAGCUCUGCACUACUGGGGAUUGGGUGUCCUGGUCAUGGAUGAGCUACCAGUGAGAUAUUUUCAGAUUUCUCAGAGUUGCAGGAGGUAGACUGUGUCUUAGGUCUCCGUGGUGAGCUCUGUAGGACGAGGCAGCUGUCGAGUUUAGCAGGUGACCUACAGGACAACAGUUUAGGACAACAACACUGUUUAGCAAGACUGGGAAAUAGUAACUAUUGUCCCCUUCUCCUCGAGUUCUUGUGAUUUGCACUUACGGUGUACCAUGAAAACUGAACAGCUCAUGCUAUAAUAAUUAUACAUAAAAAGAAAAAAGUCUGGUAGACCAA